GAGAAAUAAAAGUAAAAGCUGCCUCCUGUCUCUAGGGACUCUAGAAUGAUUCUGACUUAUCAUGUCACUGAGCAGAGCUGGGGGAAACCAAAACUCGGAAUCUGCUGGCAAGGAAAAGAACGAAGAAAAAAAAAAUGAGGAGAUCCCUGUCCUGUCACUUUAUUGACAGACGUGCUGUUACAGGCUGUCUUCCCAGAGGUCGCAGAAGAAGCUCAGACGCUGCUGUUCCUUCCCUCCCAAGUCCAGUGGUCUCCCUGGUAAUGGAUUGCUUCUCUCUGAGCUUCCACCCUGGUGAGACCGCCCAGGUCUAGUCUGUGAACUCAGCUAGGAGACAUACUGUAAAAAAUGACCGAAGAGCCCAUAAAGGAGAUCCUGGGAACCCCGAAGUCUCCCAAGCCAGUGGCAAUGGAGAAGAGCUCCAAUGGUGAAGUCAUGGUCACCAUGGUCCCCCUGGUCAAUGAGAUUCAGCUGACAGCCGCCACGGGGGGCGCUGAGCUCUCCUGUUACCGCUGCAUCAUCCCCUUCGCCGUGGUUGUCCUCAUCGCUGGGAUAGCGGUCACUGCCGUGGCUUACAGCUUCAAUUCCCAUGGCUCCAUCAUCUCCAUCUUAGGUCUAGUCCUUCUAUCAUUGGGACUUUUUUUGUUAGCCUCCAGCGCCCUGUGCUGGAAGGUGAGACAGAGAAGCAAGAAAGCCAAGAGGCGGGAGAGUCAGACGACUCUAGUGGCAAAUCAGAGAAGCUUGUUUGCUUAGGACUGAAUGAGACCAAACGGGAUGUGUGGUCUGAAGGACCUGCUCUCACUUCGUCCGCCAAUGCACCCAGGACUGGUGUGGGAGAGGAUGGACUUGGCAUUGCCGCAGACCAGAGGCAUGGGGGUGGCCUGAGGGUGGAGGAUGGAUGGGGUUCUCCUCUGUGAGCAAUGACUUGUGUCUUCGAUGACAAACUUAAUUCUAAGGGCUGUUUCUAAGACUGAAAAAUCAGUGUUUCCUCUACAUUAAACAUUUUAGGGGUCAUGGGAGGUGUGCGGCAUUAGACAACAUUGGGUUCACCUUGGAAAGUAGGCAAGAGAAGAUGAGUUCUGGUACACCAGCAACCUGCCUCCAAAAGAGAUAACCCACGCUCUUAGGAUGUUAUGUCAUAAAAAUGUUCUGCUGAGAGUCUAAACUGCCUUGAACUUUGCAUACUCCUGUGAAAUUCUGUGAUCAUUUUUUUCCAAAAAGUUGAUUCUCUAGCAUCUGUUUUAUUUUUCACUUUCAGUAACUCAUCACUGGUGGUACUUUUCUUGAAGAAUAAACUAAUAUUUUUUUUAUGUUUUAACAUUGGACAGUUUUUAGAUGAUCAUAAUGCUGUGUCAGAAGUUUAAAAAAAAAAGGUAAAAUGUGUAGCUACUCGAUGACAUGUGGGGAUAAAUUAAUAUUAAAAUAAUCCAAUAUAGCACUUUUGAUGAUUUUUAUAUUAAAGUUUAAUGUACCUUUUAUUCAAAAUAAUAAAUACUCAUUGCUGCUGAAA